UCCUUCCCAUUUCAUCAAACACCUGCGGCGCACGUUCUCCGAUGGCAUCACCAAACUCCUCCCUCUCCAAUGCCGUCUUCCUCUUCUCUUCCCUCGGCUUUCUCGUCGCCGGGGCCUCCGGGUACUCCGGGUGGGAGAGCGCCCACGCCACGUUCUACGGCGGGGGCGACGCUUCCGGCACCAUGGGUGGAGCGUGUGGGUAUGGCAACCUUUAUAGCCAAGGCUAUGGCACGAACACGGCGGCGCUGAGCACGGCGCUGUUCAACGACGGGCUCAGCUGCGGAUCCUGCUACGAGCUGAAGUGCGACGACGACCCGCGGUGGUGCCUCCCGGGGUCGAUCGUGGUCACCGCCACCAACUUCUGCCCGCCCAACAACGCGCUCCCGAGCGACAAUGGCGGGUGGUGCAACCCGCCUCGGCCCCACUUCGACAUGGCCCAGCCGGCCUUCCUCCAGAUCGCGCAGUACCGCGCCGGGAUCGUGCCGGUGGCCUUCAGAAGGGUGCCGUGCGUGAAGAAGGGCGGGGUCAGGUUCACCAUCAACGGCCACUCCUACUUCAACCUGGUGCUGAUCACCAACGUCGCGGGCGCCGGCGACGUGCACUCCGUGUCCAUCAAGGGCUCCAAGAGCGGGUGGCAGGUGAUGUCCCGCAACUGGGGCCAGAACUGGCAGAGCAACUCCUACCUCGACGGCCAGAGCCUCUCCUUCCGCAUCACCGCCAGCGACGGCCGCACCAUCACCAGCUUCAACGUCGCGCCCGCCGGCUGGCAGUUCGGCCAGACCUUCGAGGGCGGCCAGUUCUGACCUCCAUCACUCCCAUUCUUCCACCCACCAACCAUCGCAGCAGGAAGAGAGAGAAGAAACCUCUUCAAACACUAUAUAUACAUACAUAUUAUGGGUGUGUGAGAGAGAGAUGAUGCCAAGGCCGAGGUUGCUUGAUGAGCACCCGCCAAUGCCUUCUCUUACAAGUAGAGACGUAUCAUAUGAUGCUGGUCUUAAUUAGCUUAUAAGGAUUGCAGGCAGUAGUACUACUCUAUUAUUCCUCAUCAAAUGGAUGAGAGAUGGCUGUGGGGAGAGGCAACUGUACUCGUGUGUUGUGGCAAGACACUCAUGAAAUAUAUGAAACAUGCAUUGCUUGUCGUUUGGCACCUCA